CCUGUGUUGGCGGAGAUGAUUGGUCGGGCGGCGAUGAACUCGAAUUUUAGAUUGGGUUGGACGUGCGUGCCAGUCGAUGAGCAGAUACGCGCACUACCACUUUGUCGUUCGCCUCCGCUCCCGAGUCGGAGCUCGCGUAAGUGAGAGGCGGAUGAAAGAUGGUUUUGGGCGAGGACGAUUUAGAAUCCCGCGGUCGCGCGUCCAUUGAUGAAAGCAUUGGUAGCAGCGGAAAGGACAAAACGUGGAGGAGUGGCAAAUGUGGCGCCGCGACGGAGCCAAAAUCGACAGAUGUUAUGGCCGUGAAGUUGAGGAGAUCUUCGAACAGCAAAGUCGCCGGGAUUGAUCAAGCUGAUGGUGGUGAUGGGCACGACAACAGAUGCUGCCUGUUGUGGUGGAUGACAUCGCCGAUUCUCUUCUUCCCGUGGCUGGAGUCGGACUUCUGAUCUUCCUCUUCUUAAUUGCUCCAUUCAAACCCCGACAUCCCUCCAGUUGACGACCAGUAAAAGUCACGGGGAUCAGAGUUUUUGUUUUCCUCGGUUUGCGUGCCAUUCCACCAGAGACGAGUGAAUUUGGUUGUUGGGAUGGAGAUUAACUAGAUGUUGACGAUGCUUGCAUCUACCUUGAGGAAAAGUAGCUUCCCUUCCAAAAGUCGAAGAUAUGGGAUGGAGAUUUGGUGUUCUUUUUUUUUGGUUUCUGGCUUGGCGUCUGCAAUCUUUGGGUUCCUUGAUCCCCGUACUUUUUGCUUCUCCCAUCCUUCAAAGAUCAAUCGAACAAUAACGUUGAAUCAAGCCCCACGGUGGGCGCCAAUUGUUUGUACCAUCUGGCUCGAGGUAUGAACAAUAAUGAUUGUUGUGUGGGUUGACUCGUCAUUCGUUCGUCUGAUCUCAUUGGGAGGGAGAGAACCUGUGGAAAGUCGGGAAUGCCCCCCGGACUAAGCUCCAACGAUCAAGUCAGUAUAUUGUGUAGAAUGAGUUGAGAGAACAAGGUAGAGAGAUAAAGUGUAGAGAUAGUGGAAAGUGGAAAGUGAGAAGAGAGAAGAUGUCCCCUCCCCUUGGAGGGUUUCAUACCUUUAUAUACUCGUAGCGGGUUUCGAGCGUCAUAUGUUAUCGAUUGGACGAACUAUUACUUAGUCUAUGCGCGGAGUAUCUUAGUAACACCCCCAACUCAUGGGUAUAUAUCCACAAAAAAUCGGGGUAAAAUCCAAUGGGUUUGAAAAACUCAAACUCAACCCAACCCGUUGGGUAGCCGCGGAUUUAUGGAUACUCAUGGAUUCUGUGGUUAGAAAAUGCACAAUAACAAGUCUAGAAUAAAAAUCUAACAUCAUU